AUGCUCAACGAGGGUGCACUGUGUGUGUGUGUGUCUUCCUCUGCUGCCUCUUUCUCGCCGGUGUGCUCUGGCAACUCGCCCUUUAUACAGUUCGUGUCCGUCUACCUCCUCUGCACUCCCAUCCUCUCAUCCUCCUACUCCCACCCCCUUACUCCUUCCCCACGCAGCUCUGUGAGGUGCGACACAUUCACCCUCACCGGCCGUCUAGGCACGCGACUGAAUCAUCUGCAGGUGCAACGGAAACAAGCGGCAACGCCCGUCCGACAGAGCGCAAACCACCACCACCACCACCACACACACACACGUUUCGGCAAGAGGGCGAAAAUGUCCGAACUUGAGAAAAAGGAUAUCAUCUCCACCCCCGUCCCGUUCCCCACGAUCCCCAUCCAGGCAGUGCCGCGCAAUAAGCGUGUGUGGGUGCAGAACAACUGGUGGGUGCUGCUCACGAUCGAGUGUCUCGUGCUGUUCGCUGCCUUUGUAGCCCUGCUUGCCUACUACCUGCUCUACGUCCGUACCCCAGGGAAGCGUCUGCUCAAGGACAAGGUGGACAAAGAUGGCCUUAGCCAUUACAGUAGUAAGUUCAGCAGCCGCGCUAGCAGUGUCGAGUUGAGGGAGAGCAGUACCCCCUGCACGUACAGCACCGCGACGAAGCACAGCUUCGCGGUGAAUGCGACUGGUAGAACGGUUGACGGUAGUAAGUCGCACAGGUCAAUGCCUGAGGUAGCGCCCGCGCAGAACCUGCAUAGCAAGACCACGAGCAACCACAAGCGAGACUAA